AUGUCUGUCGUGGGAAGUCUUAUAUUUUGUAUUGAUUGUGGAAAUCUCUUGGACACGGUUGGGUCGAAGUCUACGAUAGAUUGCAGUGUCUGCAAAAAGGGAUAUCCGACGUCCAAUUUUGCCGAUUUAAAGGUUAUUACAAGAUCUUCAGAGGAUGCAUUUCCUUCAGCUUUGAAGCUAAAAAGGUCAGUAGUUAAGACUUCCUUGGGAAAAGAAGAUUUAGAUGAAGGAGCCAUAAUUAAAGAGAAAUGUCCAAAGUGUGGCAAUGAAGAGAUGCAAUAUCAUACAUUGCAACUAAGGUCAGCAGAUGAAGGAGCUACGGUAUUCUAUACAUGUACACAGUGCGGAUAUCGCUUUAGAACUAAUAAUUAG